CCAAGCGCUAAUUAACAGGAAUUUAGCGGCGGAGAAUAGACAGUCUUGCUCUGGAUGUGCUCUGCUGUCCGCUGUCCUGGGCACUCUGACCGCUGGCACUAAUGUACAGCUGUACAGCUCUGCCUGAACAGUCUCGUGUUGGGAAUGGCCUCAAGGGUGAUAAAUUACAUAAAGAAUUGAAAUUUUGAGUUUACCUGAAGUUACUGAAUAGACCUUAAAAACUGACUGGAAAAGAAAGAUAAAAGGAUGUAAAGACAACCUGGUGCAAGCUUACAAAAACCAGAUCUUUUGCCCUGUUUUGUUGAUGUGUGCACAGCCAGCCCUUGGAGCCCUCCCACAGCAGGCAAGCAAGAUAUUGUGCUGUUAUCCAGUUGUCAUAGUUGAUUUCACUCUACAAAUCUUCAAGAUUCCUACUGGAGUGAAAGUGUCAGUUGUGAUAAUGACAACUGAAGUUGGGUCAGAGACUGAAGUAAAGAAGGAUUCUGAGCAGCUGGGACAAGACAAAGCCAAGGACAAGCCUGAGGAAGCAUCAGAGACUCCAGGAGAUCAAAAGUCCAGGGAAACAUCCUCUGGAGAGGCUCAAGAUUCUUCUGUCCCAGCACCAACUAGCCAAAGUAGUCCAAGUAGCCAGAAGAAGGAAAAAUCUUCACCUGAAAGCAAGGGUAUUUCUCGUUUCCUUCCCCCUUGGCUUAAGAAACAAAAGUCAUACACCUUGGCAGAGCCCAGAGAUGAGCCCAAGAAGAGGGCCACGGGGGAAGAGCAAGUAAUUGAAGAAAGUGAAAGCCAGGCACUAGAGGGGGUGGCUCAGCCAAGAAAGAGCUUGGAAGAAGCAACUGAAAACCGGCAGAAUGCUAAAGCAGAUGACAAAGAAAAACACUCCGUUAGCAGUGCUGAAAUACAGCCUUCCAAAGAAGAUGGUAAAGAAACAGAAGUAGAGGAAGUUGCAGGGAAAAAGGAAGAAAAACAAGAAGAAAAAAGGGAGACAAAAGAAGUGCAGACAGCUGAAAUUAAAAUAGAUAACAUUCCUCAGAAGUCUCCAAAGAAAAUCAAAACUGUGCAGUGUAAGGUGAUGCUUCUGGAUGGCACGGAAUACAGCUGUGACCUAGAGAAAAGAGCAAGAGGACAAGUGCUGUUUGAUAAAGUAUGUGAACACCUCAAUUUACUGGAAAAGGACUAUUUUGGGCUGUUGUUUUAUGAGAAUUCAGAGCAGAAGAACUGGCUAGAUCCUUCGAAGGAAAUUAAGAGACAAAUUCGAAGUCUACCCUGGAUAUUCACCUUUAAUGUGAAGUUUUAUCCCCCUGAUCCGUCACAGUUGACUGAAGACAUCACUAGGUAUUUCUUGUGCCUACAGCUUCGCCAGGAUAUUGUAUCUGGCCGACUGCCAUGUUCUUUUGUGACUCACGCCCUCCUUGGUUCAUAUACCCUGCAGGCUGAGCUGGGUGAUCAUGACCCAGAGGAGCACAGCAGUGAUUAUAUCAGUGAAUUCCAGUUUGCACCCAAUCAGACUCAAGAAAUGGAAGAGAAAGUGGCUGAGCUACACAAAACACACAGGGGCUUGACUCCAGCACAGGCGGAUUCCCAGUUCCUAGAAAAUGCUAAGAGACUCUCCAUGUAUGGAGUGGAUUUACAUCAUGCCAAGGAUUCUGAAGGUGUGGAUAUCAUGCUGGGUGUCUGUGCUAAUGGCCUGCUGAUUUACAAAGACAGACUCCGGAUCAACCGCUUCGCUUGGCCAAAAAUUCUGAAGAUUUCCUACAAGCGAAGUAAUUUCUACAUCAAAGUCAGGCCAGCAGAACUGGAACAGUUUGAGAGCACUAUUGGGUUCAAACUGCCAAACCAUCGUGCUGCUAAAAGGUUAUGGAAGGUUUGUGUGGAGCACCAUACAUUCUUCAGACUUCUAUCACCAGAACAGCCUCCAAAAGCGAAGUUUCUGACCUUGGGUUCCAAGUUCCGCUACAGCGGCCGUACGCAGGCACAGACACGACAGGCCAGCAACCUCAUAGACAGACCAGCUCCGUACUUCGAACGCACCUCCAGCAAACGUGUUUCCAGAAGCCUUGAUGGAGCUCCCAUGGGUAUUUCAGACCAAAGUCUUGUGAGAGACUUCUCUGCUACUGGAGGGCAGGCUGCUGGAGAUAAAAUCAUUGAUCUUGAAGCUGCUGGUCAGGCCAACUUAAAAGGCAGAGAAGAAGAUGAAAGUCCACUCAAAACUCCACAACUAGAAUUGACUCAGGAUGGAAAGAAUUUUUUUCUUCAGCUCACUCAUGUACACCCGUCAUCACUGCCCAUCCAUUCUGUGUCAUCCCAUCUCACAAACUUGUCACUUGUCCCCGAGAUCGACAUGCUUUCAGAUAUUUCAGAAGAAGAUCCCUUUGAAGAGCCCUUCCUUACCAUUCCAGACAUUUCAGAGUGCAAUUCCAUGGAACAAACAUCAGAUCAUAAUAGAACCAGAACAGCUUCACCAAUUAAUACCUUUGAUACCUCUAUGAGACCCCUAGCUAGUCGAGGCUCCCCUGCUGUUGAGGGAAGAAUCCUUGCAAAUGACUACAAAAGCACCGAGUUGUGCGUCUCAUUCAGCUUCUUCAGAUGCCUUUCUUUUAGUUUCCGUUCGCUGCUUGAUGAGGAUGGCUAUAUUACUUUACCUAGCCUUCCUGAUGUUUGCAUUUCUUUCCUCCCACCUGGCCUUCAGCACUAUAUUCCUAUUACCUCUCCUUCCUUCAUCCCCUCUUUUCUCCUUGUCUUUGUCCUGCUUCUGUCUGCUUUCCAGUCUAUUCCUUUUUCACUCACAUUUUCCCUUCCUCUCGCUCUGUCCCUCUGCUACCUGGAGCCUAAGGUGACUUCCUUUAGUAGCUCUAAUGGCAAUGACCUGAAUGACAAAGCAGAGGAAGAGGAGGUGGAAUGCGAAGAGGAGGAAGCACAGCAGAAGGACCUGGAUAAGACCCAGGACGACUUACUGAAACACCAGGCUAGCAUUAGUGAGCUCAAGCGCAAUUUCAUGGAAUCCACACCCGAACCACGCCCAAAUGAGUGGGAAAAGCGGCGUAUCACACCUCUGUCCCUACAGACACAAGGGAAAAAAGGAGACCACAUUUUCCAAGUGAAAACACUGCCUGGGAAGGAGAAACAAUGGAGUGCAAUGCCGUGGAUUGCUGGAGCAAAACCAGAGGAAACUGAUAAGAGCCUGGAAGAGGAGAUAACCUCCAUUUUGUUUAGUAAGGAGCGCUUCGGCGCCGGCACCAGCGGGCCCUUCGCCGCCGCCAGCCCGGGCCCAGCAGAGGGCGCUGCGGGGGAGCAGACGGGCGCCGCCGCGCCGGGGCCGCAGAGACAUGCUUCCAGAGCAGAAGGGCCUUGUACUGGAGUCAGCGAUGCUGAUAAGAGUUCACAUGAGACUCUGGACAUAGUGGAGGAGAAGAAGCAGGCAGAGUUUGGGAUAGAAGAAACACUAGUCGUAGACGAAACCAACAAAGGGAAAAUGCAAGUUGCCACUGAUGCUGGGGAGACAUGUAAGGUGGAGCAUGUGUCAAAAAAGGACUCUUCAUCAUUGCCAUCAGAUAGUAGCAGCAGCAGCAGUAGUAGUGAGAGUGAGGAUGAAGAAGUGGGAGAAUACCAUCCACAUCAUAGGGCAAUUGAGGAAGUCAUCAGGGAAGAACAGGAAGAAGAGGAAGACAUGAAAAGGAAAGAACAUGAAGAAAGCACGCAGCAUGUGGAAGCCAUACCAGAAGGCAGUAAAAUAAAUGUACCAGUUGAGCACACACAAGUUACAGCUGAAGAUUUGGUCCAGGAAAAUACAAUUACUGUAGCUACAGAAGAGAAGAAUUUGUCAGAGCAAAUUAAGCAAGAUGUAGGUGAAGAAAAAGAGGAGGAACAGCUGAAACUCAAUGGAGAUGUGUCUCAUGUUGACAUUGAUGUUGCACCACAAUUAAUUUGUUGUUCUGAGCCUCCAGUAGUGAAAACAGAGAUGGUAACCAUUUCAGAUGCCACGCAGAGAACUGAAAUCUCCACUAAAGAAAUUCCAAUUGUUCAAACAGAAACUAAAACUAUCACAUAUGAAUCUUCACAGCUUGAUGGCAAUGCUGUUGGUGAUACUGGUGUGCUGGUGAGUGCACAGACAAUUACAUCAGAGUCUAUUUCUACUACCACAACUACACACAUCACAAAGAUGGUAAAAGGUGGAGUAUCAGAAACAAGAAUUGAGAAGCGCAUUGUCAUUACUGGAGAUGCAGAUAUUGACCAUGAUGAGGCCCUGGCACAGGCAAUCAAAGAAGCCAAAGAACAGCACCCUGACAUGUCUGUGACGAGAGUGGUGGUGCACAAAGAAACUGAACUUGCUGAGGAAGAUGAAGACUAAAAUCAAAAAUGCCCUCAAGCAAAUACUUCAG